UUGCUUGUCUUUCCCGUUCCGUUCUCUUUAUAGCAUAAAAAUCUUCAACGCCAUAAACACCACUUCCAGAUCUGAAGCUUCUCGAUCUCUCCUGAAACGAUGUCGUUUCAGAGCAGGUCUUUCUUGCUCUACACAUUUACCGUCGCCGCCGUCCUUCUCGCUUUUAUCCAUGGCGGUCACUCCUUCUAUCUUCCCGGUGUUGCUCCCCAGGACUUCGAAAAGGGAAAUGAGUUGUUGGUGAAAGUGAACAAACUGACAUCGACAAAGACGCAACUUCCCUACUCAUAUUAUUCUCUGCCGUAUUGUCGCCCAAAAAAGAUAAUCGAUAGUGCAGAGAAUCUUGGGGAAGUGCUUCGCGGUGACCGGAUUGAGAACUCCCCCUAUGUGUUUAAAAUGCUGGAACCCCAAAUGUGUAAAAUUGUUUGUCGCAUCACGCUUGAUGCCAAAACUACGAAGGAGUUUAAGGAGAAGAUUGAUGAUGAGUAUCGGGUCAACAUGAUCCUUGAUAACCUUCCACUGGUUUUUCCCAUUAGAAGAUCGGAUCAAGAAUCUCCUGUUUAUCUGCUUGGCUAUUAUCUUGGGCUCAAAGGCCAAUAUAGUGGGUCUAAAGUAGAUAGAUACUUCAUCAACAACCAUCUGGCAUUCACUGUUAAGUAUCACAAAGAUCUGCAAACUGACUCUGCCAGAAUUGUGGGUUUUGAAGUCAAAUCAUUUAGUGUCAAGCAUGAAUACGAAGGAAACUGGAACGGUGACAAGACUCGUUUAACCUCCUGUGACCCCCAGGCAAAACGCAUGGUUAUCAAUUCAAACUCUCCUCAAGAAGUUGAAGAGAAGAAGGAAAUCAUAUUUACAUAUGAUGUUGAAUUUGUGCCAAGUGAUGUGAAAUGGGCAUCUAGAUGGGAUGCAUACCUUCUAAUGAGUGAUGAUCAAAUACACUGGUUCUCUAUUGUCAAUUCUUUGAUGAUUGUUCUCUUCCUCUCGGGCAUGGUGGCAAUGAUAAUGCUUCGAACUCUAUACCGUGACAUAUCAAAGUACAAUGAACUUGAGACUCAGGAGGAGGCCCAAGAAGAGACAGGAUGGAAACUUGUCCAUGGGGAUGUUUUCAGGUCCCCAACCAGUUCAGAUUUACUGUGUGUUUAUGUUGGAACAGGUGUUCAAUUCUUUGGGAUGUUACUUGUCACUAUGAUGUUUGCCCUCCUUGGAUUCCUAUCCCCUUCAAAUCGAGGAGGUCUUAUGACAGCCAUGCUCUUGCUUUGGGUCUUCAUGGGCAUCUUUGCUGGCUAUGCCUCUGCGCGUUUGUACAAAAUGUUUAAAGGAACGGAAUGGAAAAAAAUUGCUCUCAGGACUGCAAUCUUGUUCCCAGGAAUUGUUUCAGCCAUUUUCUUUGUAUUGAAUGCUCUUAUAUGGGGCGAAAAAUCAUCUGGGGCUGUGCCAUUUGGCACCAUGUUUGCUCUAGUAUUCUUAUGGUUUGGCAUUUCAGUUCCACUCGUGUUUGUGGGUGGCUAUGUCGGGUUCAGGAAACCGGCAAUUGAGGAUCCUGUGAAGACAAAUAAGAUUCCAAGGCAGAUUCCUGAGCAGGCUUGGUACAUGAACCCUGCAUUCUCAAUUCUAAUAGGAGGAAUACUCCCAUUUGGAGCUGUUUUCAUUGAACUCUUUUUCAUCCUCACCUCUAUAUGGCUAAAUCAAUUCUACUACAUCUUUGGGUUCCUGUUCUUGGUCUUCUUAAUCCUCCUGGUCACUUGUGCUGAGAUAACAAUUGUGCUUUGCUACUUCCAGUUGUGUAGUGAGGACUACCUUUGGUGGUGGAGAUCCUACCUUACAUCAGGCUCAUCCGCACUAUACCUCUUCCUAUAUGCCACGUUCUAUUUCUUCACGAAGCUUGAAAUCACGAAGUUUGUUUCUGGAGUCUUGUACUUCGGCUACAUGUUGAUUGCUUCCUAUUCAUUCUUUGUGCUAACUGGCACUAUCGGGUUCUAUUCAUGCUUUUGGUUCACAAGGCUGAUCUACUCAUCAGUGAAAAUCGAUUGAGCUAUGUGAAGUCGUGGAUGACAUUAUCUUCUUGAGUAAAUCAAAUCAGGAUGUUUUUUAUUAGUUCUGAGAGCUGCACAUAAUUUGUCUUCAAAUAGGAGCUGAAAUAGGGAGGGCGUUGGAUCCUCGGAGUUGAUUCUAGCAAGCCUUCAAUCUUCUUCUGGCAUUCGGCAUUGCCUAUGGUUCGUUUGAUGUUCACUCUAGUAAGCCUUCUAUCUACUGGCAUUCUGCAUUGCAUAUGGUUCAUUUGAUGUUCACUCUAGUAAGCCUCCUAUCCGAUGGCAUUUGGCAUCGCUUUUGGUUCAUUUGAUGGUCAUGGGGGUGUGCCAGUCGCCAGAUAAGUUAGUAAAGUUGGUUUUUGAUAUUUUUAAUUGUAAUGCCAAUGACUAAUCUUAGUUUCAGUUGCGUUUUUAUAUUCUGUAGACUCGGUGUCCAUUUGGGAUGAAGAUGUGAGAGAUUGUUUCUACAAUUCAUAAUACCAUUGUUUAUUA